AUGAAAAGAAAUACAAUCACUAAACGUAGACGGAUGGAAUCAACUGCUGAGAGUGAACUUGUUGAAAUUGAGAGAUUUAAAAGCUGUUCGAGAACGUUUAUUGUUAAGAACAAGGAAGAAAUAAUAGACUACCAUCUAACUAAUCCAUCAUUUGUACCAAUUUUUUUUCAUAAUCUGGCAUAUGACAGUCACUUUAUAAUUCGAGAACUUGGAUGUAACGAUAAAGAUAUUCAUGUUAUACCUAAUUCAUCUGAAAAAUAUAUAUCAUUUAGUAAAGAAAUCGCACCAAAAUUUAACCUAAAGUCUGUUGAUACAUACCGUUUUAUGGCUGAAAAAUUAAGUAAACUAGCAAAAAAUUUAUCCGAAGAUAAGUUGAGGUUUAGAGAAACUAUUAAAGUAUUUUCUAUUGAAAUCACUCUAACCGAUGAAAAUAUUACUGAUAACGAUUAUAUACAUGCGAAAAAUGUAUGGAACGUGUUUAAUAUAAAGACAUUAGGUGAAUAUAGCGAUCAUUAUUUAAAAACUGAUGUUGUAAUACUAGCUGACGUGUUUGUAAAUUUCAGAGACUUAUGUUUAUCUACUCUUGAACUAGAUCCUGCUCAUUAUAUGACUGCUCCGGGAUUUGCGUAUGACUGUAUGCUUAAAUAUACUAAAAUCGAAUUAGAAAGGUUAAAAUGUCCUAACAUGCUUUUGUUUAUCGAGAACUCUAUUCGUGGUGGAAUAACUCAAUCAACUAAAAGAUAUGCUAAAGCAAACAUACCAAAUAUUGAAGGAUUGAAUUAUAAUUCUAAUGAACCGAUUACAUGGAUAACAUAUCUUGAUUGUGUAAAUUUAUAUGGAAAGUCUAUGUUAACAGAAUUACCUUUUAAAGAUUUUGAAUGGGUUGAUGACUUCAAUAUAGACGUAACUAAAAUUGCUGAUGAUUCUGAAGUUGGAUAUAUAUUACAAGUUGAUGUCGACUACCCUAAAAAUUUGCAUAAAACUCAUAAUGAUUUCCCGUUUUUAACAUUAAACGAAUGUUCACCAAAUUCUAAUGUUAAGAAAUUGUUAACUACACUAUUACCGAAAAAAAACUAUAUUGUUCAUUACAAAAAUUUAAAACAAGCGAUUUCUCACGGUCUUAAAAUUGUAAAAAUUCAUCGAGCUUUCCGAUUUUCUCAAAAGAAAUGGAUGUCAUCGUACAUUGAAUUCUGUACUAAAAUGAGAACAGAAGCUAAAAACGAGUUUGAAAAAGAAUUCUGGAAGCUUUUAAUUAAUAGUGUUUUUGGAAAAUGUAUGGAGAACGUUCGAACAAGAGCUUCUAUAAAACUGGUUUCAUCGGGAAAAAAAGCUAAUAAAUUAAUGGCAAAAACUAAUUUUAAGGAUAGAACUAUUUACUCUAAGAAUCUUAUGGCUAUUCAUCAACAUAAGGAAACUAUUAAAUUCGAUAAGGCGAUUUAUGUAGGAUCUGCAAUUUUAGACGUUUCGAAAACUUUUAUGUAUGAUUUUCAUUAUAAUGUAAUGAAAAAGAAAUAUGAUAGAAAAAUUAGUUCUUUAUAUUCGGAUACAGAUUCCUUGAUAUAUACCAUUCAAACAAAAAAUUUUUUCGAUGAUUUAAAAAAUGAUUUAUUGCCAUAUUUUGACACAUCUAAUUAUCCUAAAGACCAUUAUUGCUUUAGUGAAAUUCAUAAAAGCCAACCAGGAUUCUUCAAGGAUGAACUUAAAUCAAUAAUUCUUAAAGAAUUUGUUUCAUUAAGACCGAAAUUAUACGCUUAUAAAACCAUAGAUGAUACUGUAGAAAAAAAGGCAAAAGAGAUAUUAAAUGCUUUUAUCAACCAUAGAUCUGUUGAGAAAAAACAAUCUCACAGAAACAUGAACUUCAUUCAAUCGAAUAAACAUGUUGUUCAUUCAAAAACAAUGAACAAGCUUGUUCUCAGUGCCAAUGACGAUAAAAGAUAUAAUGAAUGA